AUGUCUAUUUCCUCUCCGACGGCCGUUUCUGCGAGCCCACCAGGGCCUCAGCGCUGCCGCAUGGCCAGAGUUUCGCGACCUGCCUCACCAGCGGCCGCCGUCCAGGAACGUGAAGCUUACGCUGCCCUAACGCCAGGCCCGGCAGCUGCGGAGUCAUGGCACACUAGCCUAGCAUCGCCCAUGGAUGGGCAGUGGGCGCCCGUGGGCUCUGCUAGGUCAAUCAACAGGCGGUGGGCGCGCCGCCGUGGCCUCGACGACGGUGCAUCCGGACUGUUCCUAGAGUACUGGUCUGGUGCUGCUGCGACCACGACGGCUACACACGUCCUAGUCGUCGUCUUGCCUGUUGAUCGCCUCAUGGGCCAGAACCAGAACCCGCAAACUGGCGGCCGCCCCAGAACAGCCCACCCCAGCAGGGCUGCCUCAGGUCGAGUCUGUCCGUCCAGGGACUAG